ACGUAAUGAGCGAAGCACAAGAGGCCCGCAUGAAAUGGCAACCAACAACAAGGUGAAAGCAGCGGCCGCAGCAGCGCCAGCUUUGGCCCCAACAGCGCCAACUUGCACCACCGCUGGCAAUGCACGAACAGUCGCUUAGCAGUAGCACAGCAGUGGUGCCGUCGUGACAAUCGAUGCGGUGGUGAAAACUCAGUACAAUUCUACGGUCUUCCCUUGCUGGAAGGAUGGUCGCAAUCUUGGCCACUAUGUGUUAUUAUUGAAGAAAAACGGAAACUGAAUAAUUGUAGUGUAAAUAAAAAAUAGUAAAAUAUAAUAUAGUGCAAUUAAAAAUAAGCAAGUCAUUAACACGCUGCAAUAGAGUGUGAAAUGAAAUGUUGUUCUACGCCUGAAAAGUAGUGAGGCUCUUGCGUAUACGAAAAAUUUUCAACGAGCAAAUUGAAAUUUUAUUCUUCCUUCUGCUUCUUCUGCAAAUACGCAACAACAUAAUAUUCUGUGUAUCUGAAAACUGUAACGCCACCACCACAGCGCCCAACCACCCAACCGAACACCCACUUUUACGCUGCCAUCAAACGAUUGCAGUUGUGUGUCAUACAGAAAAUAACCAAAAAAAUACAGAAAAACAAUGAAAAAGAUAUAAUUAAAACAAAAACGGGAGAGCGAAAAGAAAAAAGUGUAUACAGGAAGAAAGGGCUGCGACGAAAACCUCUUCAGUGACAACGCGGUACAAGUGGAGUCUGAAUAAUCGAAUCGAGCGAGACACACAUUCUGACCGAGUGAAAAUCGGACGAAAAAUACAACGAAAAGAACGUCGGGAAAACAACAGUGUUUCACUUUUUUAUUAGCAAAUAUUUAUACGAAUGUAAUGUGCUAUUUUAACGCCAACACCUCGUUAGCUAUUAUACACACAACUGUGUAAAUCGUCACACACACACACACAUACACACAUAUACAAUAUGUGUGAUUUAAAAUCCAAAAAAGACUGAAAAGUGCAAAUGCAAGUGACAGUGAAAAUAAGAUAAACGCGUUUAAUAUUGCAGGCACGAAGUUAAGCAGGCGUAAGCUGUGCGAAUAUCCUUUGAGGAAACAAUCAAAAUAACAAUAGCGCUUUGGAGACAAAGCUCAAAUAAUCGCGACAACUACAACAACACCCCAAGCAGCCACAAAAACAAAAACAAAACAAAAACAAAAAACAAUACAAAAUGAUUGUCCGAAGAAGAAGCCGUCGAGCACGCAUGUGGAAUAUGGGACUAUUGUUCCUUAUUUACUACUGCGUUAGUGUCUACUCGGCCAAGAGUGAGGGAAGAACGGAAAGUGUGUUUAAUGCCGAGAAUUUGCAAGAAGAAGGGGAGAACGGGGUAGGUGAGACAGGCGGCAAUGGACCCUCAGAUAGUGAUCUUGCGGACACCGAUGUGAUGGAUAGUACGCUCAGCUCUUUAACUACAACGGAGAGUACUUUUAUGACAACAGAAGCCACACACGCCGCUGCCAAACACGCCGUACCCACUUGGCGACCAAAACGCAAUUGUACUCCGCCCGCCAUCGAACAAUUUCCCAAGCCAUUAAUGGGUAAAUGGGCACGUCAGCAUGGUGGACUCGUCAUUCACAUACUCGUUGCUAUUUUUACGUUCUUCGGUUUGGCUAUCGUUUGUGAUGAAUACUUCGUGGCCAGUUUGGAUCGCCUGUGUGAAGAAUUGAAGUUGUCGCCCGAUGUAGCGGGUGCUACAUUCAUGGCAGCGGGUAGUUCCGCGCCCGAAUUGGCCACUGUGGUGAUUGGUGUAUUUUUUGCGCAGGACGAUAUCGGCAUUAGCGGUGUUAUUGGCUCGGCGGUGUUCAAUAUCAUGUUUGUAAUAUCUGUCUGUGCGCUAUGCUCUGGUACUGUGUGUCAACUGAAUUGGUGGCCAUUGGUGCGUGAUUGCUUCUUCUAUAGUCUCUCGAUAUUAGUGAUGUUGAUUAUCAUCUUUAAUGACGUUAUAUCUUGCUACGAGUCCGUCUUCAUGUUGCUAUGCUAUGUGGGUUAUUGUGUGGCGCUACAUUUCAAUACGGAGCUGGAGCGUUGGGCUUUGUCGUUAAAUCUACCAUUCAAACUACCCACAAAGGAAGAGCAAUCAUCGCUGGUGACAUAUAAGAACAUGCCGGAUAACUCAUACACACAAGGCGCUCAGCAGCAGCAACAGCAAACAAGUCUUACACAAGACGGUGCAUCUGGUUCACAGCAACAGCAACAGGCAACAAGCGAUUACCAAAGCUAUGGAGAAUCAAAUACCAGUUGGGAUCCAAACGCCGCUUGGGGCGAUGAACCGUCGACAAAUCCAGUGGGAGUCAGUGUUAGAUACGGCCAACCGCCUGGCGAAGAUGACUGGGGCACGAAUACGUUCUAUGCCUCUGGACCCGGUUCGGGACAAGAUAAUAUGGCUUAUAAUCCCGAUCAACCGGAUGCCGUCGUCACACAAACAAACACAAAUGGUGACGGCAGCAAACCGAGUGUAGGUAAUACGCAACCGGCUGGUGUUGAAUAUUAUAAAUCAGCUGAUAAAUCGAAAGAGGCACGCCCCAAUCCAUUGGAACGUCCCACGGAAGGCGGACUUCCAACACUGAUCGCCUGGUAUGUCGUCUAUCCCAUACAUUAUUUAUGCCAGAAAACUAUGCCAGAUUGUCGCACCGAAAAAUACCGUAAUUGGUAUCCAUUCACAUUUAUCGUAUCGAUGAUAUGGAUCUCGUUCUAUUCAUAUUUUAUGGUUUGGAUGAUAACCGUGAUUGGUUCAACAUUGGCCAUACCAGACACGGUUAUGGGAUUGACAUUUGUGGCUGCUGGUGUAUCUGUACCCGAUGCCCUAAGCUCAAUAGCGGUAAUCAAAGAAGGCUUCGGCGAUAUGGCCGUAUCGAAUGCGAUCGGCUCGAAUGUCUUUGAUAUCCUAGUGUGCUUAGGUCUUCCGUGGUUUAUACAAACGGCCAUUAUAAAGCCUGGCUCGCACGUCAAUGUCAUCUCGAAAGGCUUGGCAUACUCCACCUUAUCGCUCUUCUCGACGGUCAUCUUUCUCAUUAUGUCCACACAUUUGAACGGCUGGAAAUUGGACAAACGACUCGGCAUUAUACUGAUGAUUUGGUAUUUGUGCUUCAUCACUUUGGCCUCGCUGUAUGAGUUGAACGUAUUUGGUUACAUGAACCCACCGGAAUGCCCCAGUCAAUAUUAGAAAAAUCAAUGUGGCUGUAAUAUGAAUAUAGGUACAACACAGAGGAAGCUAAAACACAGGAUAAUUCCAAAUCAAGCACUGACAGGACGAAGCUAUUUAUUUACAGAUACAUUACAUAAGUUCAAUAAAUAAAUGGGUCGACAUCAAGAAGGUUUCGCAGUUGAACAAGAGCAACAAAACAAAGUGCAGCUUACAACCAUAUCUACUUAUUUGUAUCGUAUGUGAGUAAGCCAAGCGAUUUGGAUUUUGUUACGUUGCUGGGCGGCUGUGUAGCGAAGCUGGACAAAUGCAUUUGUUAAGUUAACUCCACGUUUUGAUCUCAUGUCUUCUGCAAACUCAUCAUUCACAUGAGCAACUGGCACAGAACACAACCACAACCACAUACUUAUGCAAAAAAUACAAAAAAAAAAAAAACAAACAGUUAUUGUACUUGAGUACAUGUGCCAUAGUACAGCGGGUCUGCAUCAAACUUUAAGCUUCAUAUCUCAUUACCUACCGGUGCAUACUGGACAAAUGCUGACACACUGGCACACAUACAUACAUACAUACCAUACAUAUACAUAUUAACGGCUGCAUAACAAACAAUUCUCGCCAUUAUCAAUUAAACGGCAACAGCUGUGCAAUUCAGCGCAAUGAAAUAGUCAAAUACAGGGUGAUUGUGAAGAACUUGUAGUGGUGUUGGCGUUGAUUUGUUAAUGCACGAAGCGUUAAACUCGACUUGUUAACUAGCUGAAAACUUAUAUAAUUACUUGAAUAUAUCUUACUAUAUGAAACCUACACAAUCUGUUCCUCUUCCUCUACUUCUGGCGCCUCCAUUAACGUGUAUGUAUGUAUGCCACAUAACUGAAAAACUUCCAAGUAUUGCAAAAACAUACGAGACAAACUCAAAGAAAUUAUGAUGAAAAUAUAAACAAUUAUUAAAAUAGCUAAAAAUUAAAAUGAAACGAAAAGAUAGCAUAUACCAUAUUAGCACGGCACCAUAUUUACAACAACAUUUUAAUAUACAAACCAAUUCGUAAAAGUAAAAUGUUAGUACAUACGUUUUUACAUCGCACGAAGCAACAAGUUAUAUAAUAUACAUACAUAUAUAAAUUCAUAUGUAUGAAAAAUAUUGACCUAAUGCAAGUAAUACUCCUAACGUAAAAUGUCUAAAAUGAAAGUUAUAAUAAUAAUGCGCUUCAAAUGACUGUUUUUAAGCUGAUUUACUAACAGGUUCUUAUUUAUGUAGAUAUUUAAAAUCUAAUAUUUUUUAGUUAUAUUUGUUAUUAUUACGAAAAAUGCUUUAAUUUUAGUUUAAAAAAUGAACAAAUGAGAAACAAGUAUUUCAAAUAAUAUGUUUUAAAAUUAAAAAAAAAGAUGUGAAAUAAUAUAGUUUAUUUUUAAAAUUAAUUAAAUUUCCCAUAAAGUUUGUUUAAAAUUUAAAAGUUUUUUAUUAAGAAAUUAUUUGAAAAAUUACAAAAAAAAUGUUUGUUAUAAAUUUUGUUUUUUUAUUAACAAAAUAUUUGAAAAAUUACAAAAAAAAAUGUUAUAAAUUUAUUUUUUUAGUAAUAAAAUAUCAAAAAAAUUUCCAAAAAGUUUAAAUUUAAUUUUUUUGUUAAAAAAAUAUUUGAAAAAUUACGAAAACAAUUUCGAAAUAUUUUUGAAACAAUUUAAAUAAAAUGGGUGAAAAAUUUAUGUACAAUCUCUGAAAAUUUCGAAAAUAAAUAUAUGCAUUUAGAAAUUCACCCUUCGGAUUUGGCCAGAGAAAAAAAGUUUCAAGGCUUUGUAAAAAACACUUAAUUUUUAUGAAAAAUAUAUAAAGGCAUGAUACACUUUUCUUUGAAAAAAAAGGUUACUUAUUGAAUUAAUAUUCGUUUUUUUAGCAAUUAUAAGGUUAACACUUUCUAUUUCCGAAUCGUCAUGACGAAAAUGUGCUCUCUAACAAAUUUUGAUACAUUAACCAUUUGUGUAGCCGAAAUGUGACUUUGGUUAAGACUUUUGAAACCAUAUAUUGUUCAUAAAAAAACAGAGUUCGAGUAGAUAAAUUUUAGGAAUAAAUACAGAAUAGUUAUAAACAAAUGUCCCAUUUUACUGCAUAGUAAAAAUAUAAAAUUUUACAAAUUCAAAGAAAUUUUCGAUUUUUAAAUAGAGCUUUGUGUAUUUUAUAUUUUUUAAUAGAGAGAAUAUAAAAUACUUUUAAUAUUUUUUAUUCCCUUUGUCUCUAAGAACGCGAAAAAUCGUAUAUGUACAUCGUCUCUUAAGGCUAUGUACAUACAUACAUAAGUGGGAGCUCAACUAAAAUAUCAGAUUUGGGGUUCCAAGCGAAAGCCAGCAAGUAAACUUUCUUUAGAUUAAGAAAGCGGUUUUUAUUGAAACGGAAAUUUUUUCAUAAGAAUGGUAGAUAUACUCGUAUGAAAUAUUUCUAUGGUUUGACUUAAUUUCUACUACUUUUUUGAAACGAUACUUUGUACUCUUCUAUCAUUUUCCCAAAAUAAUUUUUUUAACAAAAUUCCAGUAAUAUGUGUUAUCAUCUCUCGUUUGACCUCAUCAUGACACUUAUUAAGAACGGUUUUAAAAAUGAGCGACCUUGAAAACAGCAUUGAAGCGUAUAAAUGAAAAUAAAUUAAUUGUAAUAAUACAAAUAAGUUUAUAACAAUAAAAAAGAGCAGCAAACAACAAUGCAAAUAGAUAAACGCAGCUACACUUGCACUCACUAAGUAAUGUAGAUAGGACGAAAUAUUCAAGUAAACAAAUAUUAUGAUUGCAUAUAUUAAUGUUUAAGUACAUACAUAUAAUAUAAUGAAGCCAUAAAGUUAUAGAUAAUACAAUAGAAGCGAUAUACAUACAUAUAUAGCAACCGUAAAUGUGCACAUGAGCUCGUACAUACUAUACAUAUGCACAAUGAAAACCCUGUAGACAAUUCAAUGCAAACUUUUGUGAGCGCAUAGCAACUUUGUCGGUAUGUAUGUAUGUGCUUAUGAUGUUUCAAUAAAUGCAUUACCGUUAAAAGAUAUAUAAACAAAAAAAAAAAUACAAGUUCAAGUAAUGCGAGUAAUAUAGUUACAUAUAAAAUUAAAUUUAAAAAAAUUAAUAUUUAAAUUUGACAAAUUUAACAAAUAAUUAAUGAAAUCUCCCUCAACUACUAAAUAUACAUACAUAUACAUAUGUAUUUGUUAUAUGUUUAUGCGCUUGCAGUAUUUUUUAGCUAAGCUUAAACAAUUUAUAUACGUACAUACAUACUUUUUAAACUUUAGAUACAUAUGUACAUAUUUUGAGUAACGCUUUACAAAAGCUUUGUGUUUGACAAUAAUUCACAACGAUCGAAUUUUUGUAAAAAUAACUACUCUUCUCCCUAUAUUUUUGUUGUUAACUAGUCAGAUCGUUUUAAAACUACUAAACAAUUUUACUCAAAAGCCACUCUUAAAAAUUGAAUUUAAAUUUUAGCGUUCUCCAGUUUUGGAAAAAUAAUUUAUACUCUAUAUCAUUUGAAAUCAUAUGAAGUUUCUAAAUAUAUACUAUGUAUAGGCAGUUGAUUCCAAGCUAUUUCCAACUAACAUAGAACAGAAGAACGGAAAGGGAUAAGAAUAAUAAUGCGGUUGAGGUGAAUAACGGAACAAAUUUGUCAAUUGAUAUUUGAAUAUAGCUUAUGCAAUACUUUCAGCAGAUUGAAUGUAUGCUCCUAGUUUCCUCAUAAUUUUGCAAUUGGUCUCCAGACUUUAAGCAAUUCGAUGUCUCUUUCGAAAAACUUUUUCAGAAACGCUUUGUCAAACAAUUUAUUGUUCGAACUAUCACAAACGACUUAUGCAAGCUUUUACACGAAAGCUUUUUGCUUUGCACAAGGAUACUUUGAAGUGUACAAGCACAUUUCUAAUUAAUCGAGAUGAUGAAAGCUCUGGAAAAGUUAGGUGGAAAGUAAAUUUAUUGUGUAAUUGAGAUUUGAUAUUUCUUUCUAUUGUUUCUCUUUAUUUUUACAUACCAACAUAAUUUUAGAGCGAAAGAGAAAUCUAGCAUAACAUGACAAAACAUAGCAUAGCAUAAUAUAAUAUAAUAUAUUCCCACUCGAAUCAACCACAUCCCCAUGGUUUCGUUUAUAGAUUUACAGGCACGCAAGAUUUUAUAUUUACAUACUAGUACAUGCAACAACCAAUAAAUAUAUAGGUAAUAUGCUUGCAUACAUACAUACAUAAAUAUAUAUAUUUUAAUGUGAACGUUAACACACAAUUAUAAAUAGCUAAAUUUUAUUGGAUAUGAAUAUUAAAUAUAUUAACCGAACACAUGGAAGGGCAUGCUCGAACAUUACAUAGGCAACGAAUUUUAUGAUUUUAUUAUUUUUUGUACUAUUUUUAAGUAAAAUUGUAAACAAAUAAGUAUUAAAAAAUGUAUUAAACAUGUUUAUAACAAAACAAAAACAAAAAAAUAAAAAUAUCGCAAGGCAGUAAAGGAAUAAAUAAUGAACGGGAGAAUCAAGUGAAAGUGGAGUCAUGCAAUAUUGUUGAAGGCUAAAUACUACAUAUUAAAAUAAGUACACAAACAAUUUUCUGUAGCUUUAGUGUUGUUUGUUAAAUUCCAAAACUAGUUACUACUACAACACGAAUUACUACAUACAUAGUAUAUGUAUAUGUAUGUGUGUAUAAACUUCUCACUAUGUACUUGUAAACAUACCAAACAAAGAUCGAUUGUAAUAAAUUGUGAAAAAUUUAUAUUUGUUAAACUACUUAUUAUCAAAAACAUACAGAACAUACAUACAAUACAUACAAACGAACAAACAAAGACAUACAUAUAUGCCCACAAACACAAGUGUAUAACUUUCUAAUUAUGGAAUAACCGAAACUAUACGAAAUAAAUUGCAUAUAUAUAUAUAUAAAACUAUAUAUAUAUACAUAUAUAAAGUACAUAUACAUAUACAUAUGUACAUACAUGAUUAAUAUGCUAUACAUAUAAAUACAUAGUUGUUUUUGUUAUCCAAAUAAUAUUAUAUACUAUUAAGCUUAAUAAAUGUAAGUUAGACACUUGAAAACACACACACACACAUGCAUACAAAUAUACGCAAAACUAAACAAGCUGUUACACUAAACUCAAAAAUACUUAAAAAAAAAACAAAAAAAGAAAAUUACGAAAAUAGUCAAUUCUAAUGUGUGUAUGUGCGUAACGGCAACUACCGUUCUGGUGCAUUCAUAGAAAUUUAGUCAAUUUUAAAUUAAAUUAAAUUAUAUUAAAAAUAUAAAAAAUAAUAGAUAAUUGCGUUAAGUAUUUGUUCCAUUGUCAAUUGAGAAAUGUCAACAUGCUAUUCUUAUUAAAAAUACAUACAGACAAAAAUACAUAACAUACUUAUAAAAAUUUAUGUUAUUUCUAAAAAUAUGCGACAAAAAACACUGAAUAUGUUAACGAAAAAUUAAAAAAAAAUUGUUGUAGUUAAAAUAUUGCGAUUUUUUAUUUGCAUUUUUAGUGAAAAUAUUUUUUUUUUUAAGUUAGGAAUUUUUUUUUGCCAUUACUCAUAACUAAUUUCUUAGAUUUUUUGUGCAAACCCAUUAAUUUGUUAUUUUAUUUAAAACAGCUGCGUAAUAACUUAAUAUACCGUUAUUUUCCGAACUCAUUGCCUUUAAAAAUAAACUUAAGUAACAAUGUUCCGAAAAAAAUCUUGAUCUCUUUGUAAAAUAAGCAACUAAAGUCAAAUUGUCACAUUUACAUGCUCAAAAAAAUUUUGCAGAUAUUUAUGUUACCACGAAGUGUAGUUUUCAAAAAUAAAAAAAAUCGUAGAAACAAUUCAUCUUUCACUCGUUACCGAAAAUAAAGAAACUCUGAAAAUUUUCAAAUUAAUUUUUGACAUAAAAUUCAUAAUAGCUAGAAGCUUUUAAAUCUAAAUUAUUACCGCUCAAAUUAUAAGACAGCAUUUUAUGAAAACAAAGCAUGGUGAAAGCCAAAUGUACGAAAGCUUUAGUUUUGAGCUUUCACUCAAUCCAAGUAUUUUAAAAUCAAAACAUUAGUAUUAAAUAUUUUCCGUCAGGUUCUUAGAAAAUUCAGUAAAGGACCAGUUAAAUUCUUUUUUUUUUAAUUCGAAAGUGGUUACAACCCUUAGGUCGGUUUUUAUACGGGAUAAUGUUGUAAUCAAGUUUUAUUUAAACUUCGCAGAAGAUGCUUGUGCGCAAUGCUAGGCUUUCGGGUAAGAAAAGUUACAUACAAAAUGCUGGAUGAGGUCGUUGUGUAUUUUGCGACUAUCCCACUAGAUCACAAUAACAAAUUAUUUCUACACGACUACACACUAAAGCUAAGCUUAGAUCUUUCAUAUUUUACGAAACUAAAUCGGUAUCACAUCUAACCUCAAUUCAUUGUCACGUACCAUAAUUAAAAAUAGAGAUGCUCCAAAAGUAGGUCCACCCGAUCACUUUAGUCUACUAAUUGUAAAACCGUUCCAUUGGUUUAUUCACCCUUAAUUGUUUUAGGCGCCAUACUUAACAUGUUGCUCCAUUCAUAAUAACGAAUAAUAUACAUAUGUAUACUCGUAUUUUCUGGCUUUCUUAUUUUUCCUUCCGACUUCUUGUCAUCGUUUCAUACAAUUAUACAUACAUCUGUAUACGCAAAUGUAUGCACCUUUGUAUGUACAUGGUCAUUGACUUUAAAAAAACUCAAAUGAAAUAAAACCAAUAUGAGUCGAUGCAAAUUUUAAACCUGCACUUACAUCAUUCGGUUGCAUAAUUAGACCCCCUAGCACAACUUAUUCUUUAUAGGCUAGGGCAUAAAUUUUGCAUUUUUCUUUAAUGGACUAGUUUUAUUGUGUAAAACUUUUUACAAUAAACUUUUUGAAAACUUUAUUUUCAAAUAAUUUUUAAAAGUCUCAUAGAGAGUAAUUUUUUUAUUUAAUAUGGAAAAUAUAAAGUACAUUUACAGAAUUUCUUAAUCGGUUGUUCAAUUUGAAAAAUAUGGAUUCCCUUGAUGGCGUAGACGGUCUGCUGGGCCGUCGACAAAUUAAAACUAUCUGAAAUCCAAAAGCCCAAAAGUUUAGCGCUGCUAUAAGUACCAUUCAAAAUUUCUUUUUUUUUGUGAAAAAUAUAUACACAUUAGUAUGUCUUAAGAAUCGAAAUUCCUUCAAUUAAUACCUGAAAAAUAUAUAAUAUCUAAGAAACUCGUGUGAAAAUUUCGAAAAUUUUUUUGAGUUCAAAUGGGGUUAAAAUCCCCUCAAAACGAUUCUUAUGCGGGAUAAUGCCAUAUUCAAGUUCUUUGAUAGUGAGAGAAAGAACUUAGCUCCAGAGACCUAGUUUGGAGAAAAGCUUUUUGGAGCCAAUAUAUAUUUUAGUAUUUUUUUAUUAAAAUUCAACAACAAUCUUAUGAUCCCAGUAGCGGAGCGUGUGAAAUAAGUGCAAGGAUAUCGUAAUCUCAGUUCUGUCAAACGUCAAUAUUGAGAAAAAAUUUUCGAGCAGAAAAACGUCGCAUACAAUUUUCAGGCUUGAGACUUUAAGGUCUCCGUUAUUGUCUAGAGUUUUCAAAUGAAAUAUGUAGGAAAAUAUAUAUAAUAACACUCAAAUGAGUUUUUUGACUUAUAAUUUCUAGAAUUUUUUUCGAAAUUCUUUCAAACAUACUCUGUUUUUUUAAGCUGUUAACGAAUUAGUUAAUAAAAUUUGUGGGCGUGGCCAUGAAAUGUUAACGAAAAUCCAAAAUCUUUCAAAUACAAAUACAAUUCACAUACAAUUAACGGAAGCAUGCGAAUAUCCAUUCAAAAACCCAACACAUUUAUAAUAAAAUAAUUUGUUUUACCUACAUAUGUAUGUACAUGCAUAUAAACAGCAAAAAUAUAUUAUAUAACAAUUGAGUGGUGUGUAUAAUGACAAGAUAUACAUGCAAGAAAUAUAUAGGUACACAUAUAUACAUACAAAUAUUAUAUAUAGGCAGGAACCCGAUACUGUACAAUGUUUAUUGUUGAUGUUAUGUUAGUUUAAUGAAACAAAAUCGUAAAAUAACAAUUAAAAUAAAUUCAACAAAAGUCAGAUUAAAUGAAAAUUAAUUAAAUGAUAACAAAGUAAUCAGUUAUUGAUGCUUAAAUGAAAUGAAUAAUACAAUAAAAAUAUAUACAUCAAAUAUAUUGCUGUUUGAAUUUUGUUGUGGGAAGUGAAACGCCGGAAAUCAUGUUAGCAUACGCCUAAAAGUAUGCAACAAUUAUGGUUCACAUGUACUUGCCUAACCUACAAGCGUAUUGGUCAAUGACAGCUGCUUGACAUGACAACUCUUGUACUUCCACAUUAAACAAUGAGAGAAGGAGCAAAUCAAAAUGUUUUAUGUUCUCUGGUUCAACCCACGCAUAGGCACCAAAAUACCAAUAUUUUUUUUCAAUUUCUUCCAGCCUCAAGUGGAUGCUUCAAAUGACCAAUUUAACUAAUAAGUAACAAGAAAUAUUUAUACUAUCGCAUAUAUAUAUAUGUAUAUAUAUACAUUCAUAUAUACAGGGUUGCGUUUAUACUCUUAAUUAUUAAGCGGUAGUAUGUUGGAUUCGAUAAGAUUAUUAUACAAAAAUUCAACAGAAAUUUAUUGUAAUGUCUCUAAUUGACUUUUUAUACAAAUGUCUAAUGCUUCUUGAACAACACUUUAAUCUGUCUGCUGAAUAGAUCCACUCAUGAAUAACCCUAGACGCAUAGAUAGAACUGUGUUGACCUAGUUAAUACGAUCCUUUGAAUCCGCUCUUAAUAUUAUUAAUUUAUAUACGUGAAAAACUAUUCAAAAUUACUAUCCCUAGACUCUCUCUAGAAGCAUUUGGAGUAUAAGUUUGGAGGUCAAAGAGAGUAAAAUGACUUAAUCUCUCAAAAAAAUACAAGGGUUGGCGAGAACACAAUAGUUAACAAGAGACAAGAGUCAAUAUGAAAACAAAUAACAAACGAUUGGUGGCGGUUUUUAUUUUCAAAGAGUACAUAUAGUAUAAUAAGAGUAAUAAUAUGGCUGAAGAGCAUUAAUGAUGAUGGGAUUUGGAGAAAAUGUUUCUAUUUCAGUCAAAAUUUUCGAUUGUUUGUAAAUUUCCAGAGCAUAAUCGAUUCAUUCUUCCACAAAACAAUUUUCUGGAUUCUUAAAAAAAUUGCCAAAUCUAUUUUAAGAAGCACACCUAGUCUGACCGCCUAAAAGAAGGUAAUAUUUGGGAGCUAAAGAACUACUUAAUCAAUUGUUUUACAGAGUAACAUUUUGUGAAAACAUUUUUUUCCGACCUUCUCCGUAGAUGAAAUCUAAAAAUAUACCCACAAUGUUGGCGUCGAGAAAAAUUAAAAAUUGACCAAAUGGCGACGUUCUAAAGAAGUUGAAUUUUAUUCUAGAUUUUGCUAAUUUUUGGUUUGCCAAAAUUAAAUUUUUGAUCACAUCCAAAAUCUGAUAGGUCAUGGUAUAGAGAACUAUAUACAAAAUAUCAAGAAAAAUUUAAUAAUUGUCGGCUAUUUUGUCUCUGAGUAAUCACUCAAGCAAAUUUAAAAAAGGUAGUUUUGAUAAAAAGGGUUUGAAAAUAAACUGACGCUGAUUGAACUGAGCGACUACAAUUUAUAGGCUGUAAGUCAAAAACUAUUUGAGAUAUCGACUUUGCUUAUCGAAAAAAGAAAAUAUCGAUUUAUUUUUUUCGCAAUUCUAAACCUAAGACAUUUUUCUUUAAUAUAAAAGAGUUUGGUUGUUCUUAUCACGGAUGAGUCCUCCAUACUCAAACACAGACAUCAUUUAACUACUGGGUUACUACACAAUUAAAUAGUCACACACAAAAUUUGUUUCUCUCCUGCGUUGUGGUUGCUGCUUUCUAUGAUUUUGUCAAAGAGCGCCCAGAAGUUUUCUUACUACUUAUUCCAGCAACACGCUCGACAUUUGCGCACUCUUACCUAUCGGCAGCUUUUUAACUUGGAAGGUUGUGCUGAUGUCUCCGAUAGGAAUGCGAGUUAGCGCAGCCGCCGAGUUGCUGUCUGCAUACGCGCCGGGUUUGUCCGUAUGUUCUUGUGUUUGUACAUACAUACAUACAUAUAAAUGUAUGCACACGCGUCUGUUGAUUUCCUUCGUGGCAAUAAAUAUAAAAUGUGAAAGAAACGAGCUACAAGCAUGGAAUUGGUGCGGUUGCGUUAAGACUGGUUAUCGCUCAGCUGUCAGUUUUCCGUACACUGCCGACCGUAGCGGUUGAAAAUCGUGUUUCGAGCGCGAAUUAUUUAAACGCUGACAAGUUAUACAUAAAACAGAAGAGCCAAACGCUAGCAAGUGG